CCGCCCCCGGCGCAGCGCGCCCGGCAGUCGGGGCGGCGAGCGAGCGGACGCGGGGGGCUGCGAGCGGCUGGCCGGGCGGCUGGCCGGUGCGCGCCGCCUUCCCGGAGCUCGAUCGCGAGGGGCCCGGCGGCAGCAGCGCAGGGGCUCCGGGCCUCCCGCCCAGGGCUCCGGGCCGCCCGCCAGCCCGUCCGUCCGCCGGUCCGUCCGCCCGCCCGCCCAGGGCUCCGGGGCGCACCAUGGCGCUGCGCGCCCGGGCGCUCUAUGACUUUCGGUCGGAGAACCCGGGCGAGAUCUCGCUGCGGGAACACGAGGUGCUGAGCCUGUGCAGCGAACAGGACAUCGAGGGUUGGCUCGAAGGGGUCAACAGCCGAGGCGAUCGGGGCCUCUUCCCGGCCUCGUACGUGCAGGUCAUCCGCGCCCCCGAACCCGGCCCGGCGGGCGACGGUGGCCCCGGCGCCCCGGCCCGCUACGCCAACGUCCCGCCCGGAGGCUUCGAGCCCGUGCCCGCCGCGCCGCCAGCCUCCUUCAAGCCGCCGCCCGACGCCUUCCAGCCGCUGCUGCAGCCGCAGCAGGCGCCGCUGCCCAGCACCUUCCAGCCGUACGGUGGGGGCGCACAGCAGCCGCUCUACAGCGGCGGUGGAGGCGGCUACCAGGCCAGCCUGGGCAGCGACGACGACUGGGACGACGAGUGGGACGACAGCUCCACGGUGGCCGACGAGCCCGGCGCGCUGGGCAGCGGCGCCUACCCGGACCUCGACGGCUCCUCGUCGGCCGCCGGCGGUGGCGCAGCGGGCCGCUACCGCCUGUCCACGCGCUCCGACCUGUCGCUGGGCGCGCGUGGGGGCCCGGCGCCAGCGCAGCACCAUCACGCGUCCGGGGCCAAGAGCUCGGCCACGGUGAGCCGCAACCUCAACCGCUUCUCCACCUUCGUCAAGUCAGGCGGGGAGGCCUUCGUGCUCGGGGAGGCGUCGGGCUUCGUGAAGGAUGGAGACAAGCUGUGCGUGGUGCUGGGGCCCUACGGCCCCGAGUGGCAAGAGAACCCCUACCCGUUCCAGUGCACCAUCGACGACCCCACCAAGCAGACCAAGUUCAAGGGCAUGAAGAGUUAUAUCUCCUACAAGUUGGUGCCCACGCACACCCAGGUGCCGGUGCACCGGCGCUACAAGCAUUUCGACUGGCUGUACGCGCGCCUGGCCGAGAAGUUUCCGGUCAUCUCGGUGCCGCACCUGCCUGAGAAGCAGGCUACGGGCCGCUUCGAGGAGGACUUCAUCUCCAAGCGCCGGAAGGGCCUGAUUUGGUGGAUGAACCACAUGGCCAGCCACCCGGUGUUGGCGCAGUGCGACGUCUUCCAGCACUUCCUGACGUGUCCCAGCAGCACGGACGAGAAGGCCUGGAAACAGGGCAAGCGGAAGGCAGAGAAGGACGAGAUGGUGGGCGCCAACUUCUUCCUGACCUUGAGCACGCCGCCGGCUGCGGCGCUGGACCUGCAGGAGGUGGAGAGCAAGAUCGACGGCUUCAAGUGCUUCACCAAGAAGAUGGACGACAGCGCGCUGCAGCUCAACCACACGGCCAACGAGUUCGCGCGCAAGCAGGUGACGGGCUUCAAGAAGGAGUACCAGAAGGUGGGCCAGUCCUUCCGCGGCCUCAGCCAGGCCUUCGAAUUGGACCAGCAGGCUUUCUCGGCCGGCCUCAACCAGGCCAUCGCCUUCACCGGAGAUGCCUACGACGCCAUCGGCGAGCUGUUCGCCGAGCAGCCCAGGCAGGACCUGGACCCCGUCAUGGACCUGUUGGCGCUCUACCAGGGCCACCUGGCCAACUUCCCGGACAUCAUCCACGUCCAGAAAGGAGCUCUUACCAAAGUGAAGGAGAGUAGGCGCCACGUGGAGGAAGGCAAGAUGGAGGUACAGAAGGCCGACGGCAUCCAGGACCGCUGCAACACCAUCUCUUUCGCCACUUUGGCCGAAAUCCACCACUUCCAUCAGAUUCGAGUAAGAGACUUUAAAUCACAGAUGCAGCAUUUCUUACAGCAGCAGAUAAUAUUUUUCCAAAAAGUGACCCAGAAGUUGGAAGAAGCUCUUCACAAAUAUGACAGUGUUUAAUGACUGGACAAUGGAUUGUGUACUCUUUUGUUGUUGUUGUUCAAUUAAAGGAUAAUUCUGCGGGAGAAAAAAAACUGCUAUCAAAGAGCUGUUGCCAGCUAACAGUGGUGGCACAAGGAUGGCUUUGUGCUCAACUGAAACCCAGCUGAGUAUAGAAUUAUGGAGGAAAGAAAGAGUUCAUAUGGUCAUAUAAUAGGAACAGUACCACGCAUUGUAACUAAAUUAUACUAUGUAUGCCUACACUACCAUUGUAACUUUUGGAAUAAUGAUUAUACUAUUUGCCUUAUUGCUUUUUCCAAGUAUGGGUAUUUUAGUGCAUACUUUGUAGACCUCAGAACCCAUGAAGGGUCUCAAAGAAGCUGGCUGGAUCAAAGCCUGCUGCGGAUGCCUUUUUACUCUCAUAGAUUGGGGUUACCUAAAUUCAACCUGUUCUCUGUUUACAAACUCCAACUAGAGCAGCUAUGCGACUUUGUGCCUUUAGACUCUUGGUUUUUCUUUUCUCCCCUCCCUGAACCUCCUCUUCGUAAGUCAUUUGAGAUGGAGUGAAAGACCAGUACAUACCGUGACACACUGAUGAUAACCUCAUGUUGGCAGUGGGGUUGGGGCGGGGAGGAUCGACUGCCAUCAGAUUGCAUGGCAAACACUACCUCCUGGUAAGAUGCUGGCGAAUGCCAAGGAGGGAGACUGGAGGCUCGUCUUUGGCUGUGAAAUCCAUCAGGGAAGACACGGGGCUGCUGUAUUCCCUUAGAGGGGACAGUAGCAUAGCCUCUUCACACAGGUGCCCGAGGCUUUGGCAUGGAGGUUUCAGCAGAGCCGUCUUGGAACAGGCAGGAAGAGGAGUCUGGCCCAUCAGGGGGUGCAAAAACAGUAUCAGUGACGACACACGCUCGGUUUCAGUUCUUGGAAGGGCUUGGUUUUUCUUUUCUCCCUCUCUCUCUCUUUUUUUUUUUAACCUUGAAGAUUUUUUUUUUUAAUGGAUCUACACUGUUAACUGAUUGAGACUCCACUGUGAUUUCACUCGUUUACUUAAUUAAAAACUUUCAGGGAUGUCUGUAAAUUUCAGUGUUAUACAUGAUGCAAAGUGAUGUUGGUUGAUCUAAGGAGGGACCAGAAAUAAUUCCUACUAUUCCAGAUAUUCAAGGAAGAAAAAAAUAUUUAUACUGUGUUUAAAAAAAAAAAGGAUUGAUAAGUCCUCCCCAUCCCCCUAGCACACGUAUCCUUAGAAAUGAUUUUUAAAUAUAUUCUUUUACUCUUUUUUAAAGGAAACACAAAUAGCUGAUAAAUACCAAAAAGAUUCAAAAGCAGCUUAAUUUAAAAAGCACAAAGAGGUUUCUGGCUGGAAGUGCCAAAAUCUCAGAUGUUUUUGAUAGUUGCUGAGCUCAAUGAUAGAAUUCUUUACAGAUCUCAAAACUGUCACUGAAAGGUUCAAGUACCCGCUGUUGAUGAAGUCAGACUUAGGCCACCUCCCAAAUCCUUGGGUACCGAACUGGUAACGCGGAAGUAAGGAGGCCGGUCCGAGCCGUGGGCAGGAGCCGUGAUGGAGGAGAGACCACCUGCAGACAGUCUAACCAGGGUGGGUUACUGCAGCAGUCACUCAGCGGCAACAUUGGCGCUUUUUAAAACAAGUCUCACAUGGGCUGUAAUUUUAAGAUCAGAUUAUCGUCAUUUUGAUCAUCCGUCCAAAUUUUGUACGUUAGCUUACCUGGAGCCAGAUUCACAUCACAUGGCUUUGUCUUUGCUACAGAUUUGUGCAACUGUCACCAAAUACAUCAUUCUCUAAAAAAAGAACUUUGAUUUUCAUCUGCAACAAACUAAAACACAGCCUAAGCAAAACUCAUAUCUAAGAGUAUUAAUUUUAUUGCAGAACUGUGGAGGCUCUAAUUACAGCGUUUCAUUUGAGUCUGUAUGGGACAAGCAAGCACUCUGCUUCUCGAUGAUUUGAAAGUCACUUUCAUAUGCCUCUUUACUUUGAUGGUGAUUUGAUUUUUCUUUUCUUUCUAUUUUUUUUUAAGUAAAAUCACUAAACUUGUACAAUGGAAGCAUGGAAGUUACCGAACAUGUCUGUGACUGUGCUUUAGCCAGGGGGGACAGAGCUUUGAUUAAAGAGGAGUACAAGGAAAUAUGAAGUCAUGCUGCCUACUUCUAAGAGAACUGAGUUUCUUCAUAACGACAUGCCAUUACAAUUCCACUGAUUUGUAAGGGGCUUCAGUUAAUUCUGCGGGGAAGGACACCAGAGUUAUCAGCGUUCAUUUUCAUCUAUCUGCUAACGUUCUUGGUCCUAUUGAAACAUUUCAGUAUAGAAAGAUACUGCAAUGUUAAUACCCAAGAGAAAAGCCAUUAUCAUGCGUAUGCUGGUCAGGAUGAUCAGUUUGAGACAGUUUUUUUUUUUUUAAAUAAAAUAUCAUACCCUUCAU